AUGGCUCCUCAUAACGAUGUAGGCGCCUUUCAUGAAGCCCUCCGCUCAAGCAAGCGCAUCCUCGCACUCUGCGGAGCUGGGCUCUCAGCAUCAUCUGGUCUACCAACCUUCCGUGGCGCUGGCGGUCUUUGGCGCAAUCAUGAUGCAACGUCCUUGGCUACUAUGAGUGCUUUCAAGAAUGAUCCGGGCCUUGUGUGGUUGUUUUAUAAUUAUAGACGUCAUAUGUGCUUGCGCGCGGAGCCGAACCCUGCGCAUUAUGCUCUUGCGGCGUUGGCUGAGAAGAACAAGGACUUUUUGUGUCUGACGCAAAAUGUCGACAAUCUCUCUCAGCAGGCGGGCCAUCCACAGGAUCAACUGCGUACUUUGCAUGGCUCUCUCUUCGACAUCAAGUGCACCAACUGCGAUUGGAUCCAACGAGGCAACUAUGAUGAUCCAUUCUGUCCAGCUCUCGCACCAGCGUCGGUCGACGUUGAGCCAGGCAAACCGUUUCCUCUCCUUGACGCCUCUCAGCCUCUGGACCCAAUCUCGCCAGAUGACAUUCCGAAGUGUCCUCAGUGCAAGACAGGCUUUCAAAGACCGGGUGUUGUAUGGUUUGGUGAGAAUCUGGACGAAGUUAUGAUGAUGGGUAUCACGAACUGGCUUCUUAAGGACAAAGUGGACUUGAUGCUUGUCAUUGGCACUUCGGCUCAAGUCUACCCUGCUGCAGGCUACAUCGAUAAAGCCAAACGUAAAGGCGCACGUAUUGCGGUUAUCAACCCCGAAGCUGAGAAUGAAGAAGAGAUGUACAAGGUCAAGCCUGGUGAUUUUGCCUUUGGCAAGGAUGCUGCAGAGUAUCUGCCUUUGCUGCUGGAGCCUGUCAUUGGCAAACUUAAGACCGAGGGGAAAAUGCAGGGCUUCAACAUGGGCCGCUACGUCCCGCCCGACGUAGAAGGCACCACAUCCGGCAACCGUCUUCACAACAAACACCCCCUCGGCGCACGCGCCUCAAAGCCGGGCUCCCUCACCGUCCGCUUCGAGCUUCCCUUCGCCGUCUGGUGCAACACCUGUCCCAAGCCCACGAUAAUUGGCCAAGGCGUGCGCUUCAAUGCAGCGAAGCGCCGUGUGGGGAGUUAUUUCUCAACGCCGAUUUGGAGUUUCAAGUUUCGUCAUGCUGAGUGCGGAGGCGAGAUUGAGAUUCGCACGGAUCCGAAGAACACGGCGUAUGUGGUUACAGAGGGUGGUGCGAAGAGGGAUACGGGGGAGGAUGUACAGCGUGAAGGGGAUGCGGUUAUCAUGACGGAUCAGGAGAGGGAGGCGUUGAGAAAGAAUGCAUUUUCGAGUUUGGAAAAGACUAUUGAGGAUAGGGAGCAGCUCAAGCGCGCGACACUACGGAUAGACGAUCUUCUCGAGGCGUCUGCGAAACAUUGGGAUGAUCCGUAUACGCAGAAUCAAAAGCUACGGAAGGCAUUCAGGGCAGGUCGCAAAGAGCGAGAGCGCGAUGCUACGGCUACAGGGGCUCUUCAAGAUCGCAUGAGUCUUGGCAUAGAUCUUGUUCCUGGGACAGAGGAAGAUGCUCGCCGUGCGGCACUUAUUGACUUUGGACCUGUGGUUGAUGACGGCAGGGAUCGAGCAUUAUCAAAACCCUUAUUUCAGACUGAAGGGAGCAAGAAGAAGCCACUGGACUCGAAGAGUGGAAGUAAGCUGAAGGCUGACAAGGAGGCUUCAAAACGUAAAGAUGCGUUGGUGUCGGAACUGAUGGGCAAUACUCGGGCUUCCAAGGAUCCUUUCUUGGUCGACAAACGGCAUGAGACGAAGGGACCGGCCAGACUGCCAGGUGUGAAGCGGAAAAGAUCACCACAAGAAACGGAGUCAAAGAAUUUGGAACCACCAUCCAAGGCGCAGGCGCCGGCUUCGCCAGCAGGCCUGGUUGACUACGAUUCUGAUUAA